UCAAAUUAAACAAACUUUCUAAUGAAUAAAAAAUUUAUCGGGUUAGAUAUAAGUUGGGCUUAGGACUGAAGCUUGUUCAUACAUGAUGGAUGCCCAAGGAACCAUCGCCUUCUCUACUGUCGGCUUACUCACCUACGGCUUCGAUGUGUUCUCCACUGUCCUUCCGACCUCCCUCUUCGCCGACUUAGUAGAAAGUCGCCAUACCGACGGUAUCUCCGUCAAUUUCAACGGCCAGUUCGCCGAUGGAGCUGGCGAAACUGUUGCCUUCGUCUCCGAGCGAACGGGCUCGGCGCGUCUCUACCAGACAUCGGUCGGUGAGGAAAUCAGACUGCUCCCGAUCAACACAAGCAGCUUUUUCCAUGACCGUCCCACCAUUAAGAACGGCCGCGUAUUCUACGUUUCCGCCCAUGAGCCCCCAUCAGACUCCUUGAAGAGCUGGGCCGCUGUCUACGCAACCAGGCUUGACACGGAGGAGACAGUGCGGUUAACCCCUGCCGGAUUCGUCGACUUCAGCCCGGCGCUUUCAGAGUCGGGCCAACUAGUUGCCGUCGCAUCUUAUGGAUCUCGGCAGUGGAACGGUGAUUUCCGCUCUCUCGACACCGAGAUCGCAAUCUUUAGUGUCUCGGACCCGACUCGUCGCACAAUCAUCGCUGGGCGAGGCGGAUGGCCGACUUUUUCCGGCGAAUCCACAGUAUUUUUUCAUCUUAUAGCCGAAGACGGCUGGUGGAGCAUCUACCGGCUCGAUUUAAAGGAUAAUCUCGACGAUUUAAUUCCUCGUCGUAUAACCCCGCCUGGAUUACACGCCUUCACGCCGGCUGCAUCUCACGACGGGAAGUAUAUUGCCGUCGCCACGCGCAGGAAGGGGAAUAAAUUCCGCCACAUCGAGAUCUUUGAUCUCGGAUCGGAAAAAUUCUAUCCGAUUACAGAGAGAUUAAAUCCUAAUUUCCAUCACUACAAUCCAUUUUUCUCACAGGACUCGAACAAGCUCGGGUACCAUCGAUUCAGAGGAGAAUCUAACGAAAAGGUACCGAAUAUCCUGCCCGCGGCUUCUCCAAUUCGAGGGCUCCAGCUUCUUCGGCUUCACGGCACAUUCCCAUCCUUUUCUCCCGCCGGCGAUCUUAUCGCAAUCAAUGGUGACUUCUUUGAAUCCCCUGGCUUGAUGAUACUCCGAUCAGACGGUUCAAAAAGGUGGACUCUGCUCAAAUCGCCCACAGCUUUCUAUACGGCGUGGAGCCCUGUGGAGAAGGGCGUUAUAUUCACCUCCAUCGGCCCGAUCUUUGAAUCCAGCAAGACAGCGGUAGAGAUCGCCCGGAUCUACUUCAAUCCCGACCAUCUCGACAAUGAAAACGGGGAAAUCGUUGCAGAUCUGAAAAUCCUCACCCGCGGAGGCACAGCCAACAAUGCAUUCCCAUCAUGCUCUCCGGACGGUAAGCACGUGGUCUUUCGAUCUGGGCGAUCGGGCCACAAGAAUCUCUACAUUCUCGAUGCCAUUGAGGGAGAGCAUGCCGAUGGCAGCGGGAUUCAGCGCCUAACGGAAGGAGAGUGGAUCGAUACGAUGCCAGCGUGGUCGCCGGACGGCACGCUAAUCGCUUUCUCGUCUAACCGACACAAUCCAGCAAACAUGGAAGCAUAUAGCAUAUAUUUGGUUCGACCGGACGGCUCGGACCUACGGAGGGUUCACGUGGCCGGGCCGCCGGGGUCGAAGGAGGUAGAUAGGGAGAGGAUCAACCAUGUCUGCUUCAGUCCGGACUCGAAGUGGCUCCUCUUCACGGCGAACCUUGGAAGCGUGUCAGCGGAGACGGUGUCAAUGCCGAACCACUUCCAACCAUACGGGGACCUGUGGAUUUGCCGCAUAGAUGGAACCGGACUGACGAGGCUGACGUGCAACGCUUAUGAGAACGGUACGCCUGCCUGGCACUCCGCUAAUUUGCUCCACGACAUUGGUAUGCGCUCGAUGGUUUCCCAUGCAGGGGAGAAGUUGGGUCAAUUUGAGGAGCCUUUAUGGUUAACAUGUGAUUUAUAGUCUUUAUUUUGCAUCCUCUGCCAUCACUGCAAUUUUUUGUCUACGAUUUAAACUUCAGCUUUGUUUGGAUUAAAAGGUGAAUAAAUGAAAACUUUAAAAAAAAUAGACAUGGAAUCUUUAUGCUCAAAACCCUGAUUCCAGUAAUCAUUUAUUUGGUAUCUCCCAAGGGGCACGAACUACCAUUCUAACCCUUCUUGGGGGAUUUCAUCCCCAAACGCA